CAAAAUCGCUCGUGGAGUCCUACCUUGAGGCUACUUAAAAAUAUUUAAAAUAUUAACCCAAUAGGAUUGUUUUCAAUAAGGAUUCAUUUUAUCUUAGCUUAGAUCAAGUACACGGCGCUAUUUAACAAGUACAGAGAAAAAAGGAAAUGAUUUUUAAAAAUUUGAGUUUGAUUAUAAUGGAGUCAAUUGAAGAUGCCCUUGUGUAUUUUUCAGGUUUCUAGAUAACAGGUUUUUGGAUAACUGAUCCAAAACCUGUAUAUAUACUGUAGUUAAGGGCACAUGGGUAUCUCCUGUAUACAAAGCAGGGAUUUAAUUCCCUGGAAACUGCUUAUUCCACCAGAGACCUCCCCCUUGCGUAUAUUCACUUUCAUUUAAUGUCUCAGACUCACCUUACCCAUCCCAAAAGCCACUGAAAGAUUUUGUUCAGCUCCUGCAUUAAAAUUAUGGUGUAAUACUUAUGGUCAGUCUUAGAAAUGGUGCCAGUUUUGAGAGCUUUUUUUUUUUUUUGCACAGAAUAUCUACUUUUCUCCCAAGUUGUUUCCCAUUACUAACGUUUGGCCGUUUUACAGAUACCUUUCCCUCUGAAACACUCCCUUUAAUAGUCUCUGUUUCCUGGGGAACCGUUGGCAGCCAGUAUUUGCUUGUGGUUCAUUUUUGCAUGUUACGUCAGCUUUUACGUGCAGCAGUGGUUUUCUAAGCUUCACAAAGCUCUCUGAAUUGGUUUCAUUCUGCAGGUGAGUCGACUAAUGGAGGAGGGAAGGUGAAAGAAGGGCUGGAUCCUCCUCUCACCUGGGGGCAGGUAACCUGACUCCAUCUAGGGUGUGACUGUCUGGAUCCCUCCCUGAAGGUGAUAGGCAUAGGACAAGACGUGAAAUGUCAACAGAACAUUCUUAUAUGAGCAUCCCCUCACGUACUUACAGAUGGAUUGAUUCUUACCCGUUUACAGAUCUUUCGAAAGUUGCUUUAAGAAUGUGAGAUGCUGACGUUUUGUUUAGGUCGUAUACUCUGUUGAAGACCGUAUCCAUUCCAGAACAGACCACCCCCAACUUCUGAUUUCAUACACACUUUCACCUUUUCUGCAAUGUCUUGGAGACAUUUGAAAAUUCAGCCAGUGAACCCCUUUAUCUGAUCUGCAUGAAUAUAACAUUCCAGAACAAAAUGCAGUAAUGCGAGAAGAAGACAACACCUUCAAGAAGGAUGAUUCUGUUUCCUCGGUGCUCUGCCCUUCUUAUUCUUGUUCCUCACCUCACAUCUGUAGCUCCUCAAUUGUUGCUCCCCUCCCUUUCCAACCCUCUUCAUCUUUUGAACCCCCUUCUGUCUACCCAUCUCUCCCCUCUGUCCCUAAUUCUAUCUGCCCAGAGGAUUCUCCUUUGUCAGACAAUUUAUUUUGUCCGUAUAGUUCCUCUAAUUUUCCUUCUUCUAAUGGUCAUUCUUUUCCCAGUCCUUACUGUCAGUCUGAACACCCUGUGCCUACAUGUGAUUUAAAUAUGCCUUCAGACAUUUCUAUUGAUUAUCUUCCACUCUAUCAUAAUUCUCCUAAUCACAUGCAACAUUCUAUCACCUCUCCUCAUACAUCCACAAACAAUGGCCCAGCUGGUAUCUCUUCAUUUUGCUUAUCUCCUGGAGAACAAUGUCCUAUGUGUUAUGCAGUACCUUCUAAUCCAGAUAAUAUCUCCUCCACAACUUUUGACCAGGUUCCAAGCACAUACACCAAUCCUCAUUCAGAAUCUUGUUUGAGCACUUCUUCAGAAAUUAGCCAAUGUAUCUCGCAUUCCUGCUUUUACAAACAUCCAUAUGAAGACUCUUGUAACAAUGUAGCCCCAGUUGAUCCUUUAACAUCGAUACCUACAUGUAUUUCCUCUGAUUUCUGUCUAUCUGAUGGACAGUCAAGAAACACUUCUCCUUCUCCAGACAACUGUUCCUCUUGCUCUUUGGCUCCCUCUACAUCUUUUAUUCCUAACAAGGACCUCAUACAUUUACACACAUUUUCCAGUCAUGUUGAAUUUUCUUCUUCACUGUCAAGCAAUACCCUCACAUGUUGUUCUCAUGCACCUUUGCCUAUGGCACCUCAUUUGUCCUCUGUGCACCUUGCCAGACAGAUGGAUUCUAAUGGAUGUAAAAUGUGUUAUGCAUCAGUGGAGAACCGGACCCGAAUGGAUGAAUACAAGCAUCAAUGUGAACAGUUCCUCGAUGAUCUGUCUCGAUUUGAAGACUGGUUAAAAGGAAUACAGAUGACAUUAUCUUUACCAGAUGUAUCCCAAGCUCUUCACAGAGAGGCCAAGUUGGCUCUGCGCAGGCAUGAGGUUGUGCUAAAGGAAUUGCGGGAAAAACUAUUGGACCUGGAGUCCUUGAACAUAAAAUACUGGAAGCUUGCACAAGUACCUCACCAGAUAUUUCUUCCCAAUAACCUUUGCAGUAGGAUGCAAGAAGUCAACCAGUUCUUGGACAAAGUUCAAAAGGAGGCUGAGGAAGUGAUUCAGGCACUAAAGAUAAGAGUUCAACAAAGAGAGGAGUUUGAUGCAGACCGGGAGGAGAUGAGACUUUGGCUUACAGAAAUGGACCUCGGACUGUCCAGUGUGGAAUAUAUGUAUAAUGGGAAUUCUACUGAGAAAAUACAUCGGCUGCAGGAAUUUCAGGAAGAUGUACGCAGUACUAUGAAGCGCAUGGAUAAACUCCUUGAGCGUGGGGAUCAACUGAUAGAAGAAAGUGAUCAACUUGAUGCUGAAUUUUUAGAGAAUGAAUUGAAGGAGUUGGGCUCCUACUGUCAAGACAUAUUCAUUCGAUUUUCCCGCUUCCAAAAACGUCUUGUGAGCACGAAGCUGGUUUUUGAAGAUAACUUGCUGGUUGAUGACCUGGAAACCAUGUCACUUGGCUCUUCUGAAGUUUUCUGUGAGCUAGAAAGAGAAGAUGUGGAAACUCAGAAUCCAUCUCUAAAACUGUCUGGCCCUUGUCUGCUGGCCUGUAAGCAGGAGGCUCCUGUGGGGGCACCAAAUGUUGACUUGGAGUGGGACCCUUUGGGUGAUGUUGGGACAUCUGAAUCUAUUGAUGGAGGAGAGUCUUUCCACACAGCUAACUCUGUGCCAUGGCGGGUUUUGCAUAGAGAGUCUGGGAGCAGCCUAAAUUCUGUCCUUUGGAGCCUGGGACCUGAGGCAAAUCAUGCCGGAGACACUGAGCAUUUUGGAGAUGUUAUGAAUACUAUAAAUCCAUCCUGGGACAGUCAAAGCUUGAAAAGAGAUGUGAAAGAAACUGACAGCCGGAGAGAAUUUACAGAUCCAUCAGCAAAACCUAACCUUUCAUCGGUGCCAUUCAACUCACUACAAGAGACAUUUGAAAAUGGAGAUGAUGCCAACACUUCAUGUACUGACCUAGCGGAUAGUAGAAAGAGUACACAUAGACUGGAAGCUGAAAAAGAGAUUAAAAUCACCCAGAAUUCCUCCAAGUCUCUGGCUGCUGAUCUGAAGGUUUUUAACUGCACCCAGGUGAACAGUUGUAUAUCACAGAGAAGACGUCAGUCCCAAAUGGAGAGGACACAGAAUUUGAUGCUACAUGCAAAAUGUGACAGAGAAGAGGUUUCUAUUCUCAUGGAGAGCAGCGAUGAAAUAUAUUAUGGGUGUAAAGGCAAAUCCUCCCAUUGCAAAGCAGCAUUCCUCCCGGUUUGGAUCAAGCGUCUGGUUUACCUUUUCCUGCUGAUUCUCUUUAUUGGUACUUGCCUGCUUGUUUUUCCAGUGGAUCAACCUCGCUGCUACUCACAUAGUUUUGCUUGGUCCUUAAUGCUCUCCUAUGUCAAUGGUCCACCCCCUACAUAAAAUCAGACUUUGUGAAAACUA